AUGCUCAGGUCCUGGCUGCUGUUCCUCUGCUGCGGCGGUGCCCUGCUCAGCGCCGGGCUGGACGACAGCUCCUUGGUGCCCCCAGGCCUCCAGAGGCUGAAGGACUCCCCACAGACAGCUGUAGACAGGGGCUGGUGCUCCACGUGGGGGGCCGGCCACUUCUCCACCUUCGACGGCCACGUGUAUGAUUUCUCGGGGACCUGCAACUACGUCUUCGCGGCCAUGUGCAAGGACGCCUCGUCCACCUUCAGCGUGCAGCUACGGCGAGGGCCGAGCGGGAACAUCUCCCGGGUCAUCGUGGAGCUGGGGGCCUCUGUGGUCACCGUGCAGACGGCGGUCGUCUCCGUCAAGGAUGUGGGGGUCGUCAGCCUGCCCUACACCAGCAACGGGCUCCAGAUCACACCCUUCGGCCAGAGCGUGCGGCUGGUGGCCAAGCAGCUGGAGCUGGAGCUGGUGGUCAUGUGGGGCCCGGGCGCCCACCUCAUGGUCCUGGUGGAGAAGAAGCACAUGGGCAAGAUGUGUGGGCUGUGUGGGAACUUCGACGGCGAGAAGACCAAUGAGUUUCUGAGCGAGGACGGCCAACUCCUGGAACCCCCUAAGUACGCCGCCCUCCAGAAGCUGGAUGACCCCAACGAGAUCUGCGCCUAUGAGGCCAUCCCCAGCCCCCGGGUCCCGCAGGCAGCGAACGCCCAGGCCUGCAUCCAGCUGCUGACCCUGGUGUCCCCCGAGUGCAACGUGCCCAAGGAGCCCUUCCUGCUGAGCUGCCAGGCGGACAUGGCCGCGUGUGCCCAGCCCGGCCGGCACCACUGCAGCUGUGCCACGCUAUCCGAGUACUCGCGCCAGUGCAGCAUGGCCGGCCAGCCCGUCAACAGCUGGCGGGGCCCUGGCCUCUGUUCCGUGGGCCAGUGCCCAGCCAACCAGGUGUACCGGGAGUGCGGCGAGACCUGCGUGCGGACCUGCUCCAACCCGCAGCACGGCUGCUCCAGCUCCUGCACCUUUGGCUGCUUUUGCCCGGAAGGUAUGGUUCUGGACGACAUCUCCAAAAACCACAGCUGCGUGCCUGUCCCCCAGUGCCCCUGCAUGCUCAGCGGGGUGGUGUACGCUCCUGGGGAGGUCACGACAGCCGCCUGCCACACCUGCCGGUGCUCUGGGGGCCACUGGGAGUGCGUGCAGCGGCCCUGCCCCAGGCGCUGUGCCCUGGAGGGCGGCUCCUUCGUCACCACAUUCGACGCCAGGCCCUACCGCUUCCACGGCACCUGCACCUACAUCCUCCUCCAGAGCCCCCUGCUCCCCGACGGCGGCUCGCUCAUGGCCGUGUACGACAAGUCUGGGUACUCGCACUCGGAGACAUCCCUGGUCGCUGUCAUCUACGUGUCCAGCCAGGACAAAAUCGUGAUUUCUCAGGACGAGGUGAUCACCAACAACGGGGACACCAAGUGGCUGCCGUAUAAGACCCGCAACAUCACGGUCUUCAGGCAGACAUCCACCCACGUCCAGAUGGUCACCACCUUCGGACUGGAGCUCGUGAUCCAGAUGUGGCCCGUGUUCCAGGUGUACAUCACUGUCGGGCCCCAGUUCAGAGGCCAGACCAGAGGGCUCUGCGGCAACUUCAACGGGGACACGACGGACGACUUCACGACCAGCAUGGGCAUCGCCGAGGGCACCGCCUCGCUCUUCGUGGACUCCUGGCGGGCAGGGAACUGCCCAGCCGCGCUCGAGCGUGAGACCGACCCCUGCUCCAUGAGCCAGCUCAACAAGGUGUGCGCGGAGACCCACUGCGCGGUGCUGGUGAAGAAGGGCUCGGUGUUCGAGAAGUGCCAUGCCGCCGUGGACCCCAAGCCCUUCUACAAGAGGUGCGUGUACCAGGCCUGCAACUACGAGGAGACCUUCCCGCACAUCUGCGCCGCCCUGGGCGACUACGCCCUUGCAUGCACCUCGCGGGGCGUCCUGCUCCGGGGCUGGAGGGGCAGCGUGGACAACUGCAGCACCCCUUGCACGGGCAACCAGACGUUCAGCUACGACAGCCAGGCCUGUGACCGCACGUGCCUGUCGCUGUCCGACCGCGAGGUCGAGUGCCACCCCAGCGCCGUGCCCGUGGACGGCUGCAACUGCCCCGAGGGCACCUACCUGAACCACAAGACCGAGUGUGUGCGUAAGGCCCAGUGUCCCUGCCUCCUGGAUAGCUCCAAGUUCAUCCUGGCCAACCAGUCCACCACGGUCAAUGGCGUCAUCUGCUACUGCGUCAACGGGCGGCUGAGCUGCCCGGCACAGCCUCAGAUGCUCUUGGCAACGUGCUCGGCCCCCAAGACGUUCCAGUCCUGCAGCCAGUCCUCGGAGGACAAGUUCGGGGCAGCCUGCGCUCCCACCUGUCAGAUGCUGGCCACCGGCACCCCGUGUGUGCCCACCAAGUGUGAGCCUGGCUGUGUCUGUGCCAAGGGGCUCUACGAGAACGCCAGAGGGCAGUGCGUGCCCCCCGAGGAGUGCCCGUGCGAGUUUGCAGGCGCCUCCUAUCCCCAGGGCGCCGAGCUCCACACGGACUGCAAGAGCUGCACCUGCUCUAGGGGGACAUGGACGUGCCAGCAGAGUGCUCACUGCCCAUCCACCUGCGCCCUCUACGGGGAGGGCCACGUGGUCACCUUCGAUGGGCAGCGCUUCGUGUUUGACGGCAACUGCGAGUACAUCCUGGCCACGGACAGCUGCGGUGCCAGCGACUCACAGCCCACCUUCAAGAUCCUUACAGAGAAUGUCGUGUGUGGGAAGUCGGGCGUCACCUGCUCGCGGGCCAUCAAGAUCUUCCUGGGGGGCCUGUCCAUCACGCUGGCGGACAGGAACUACACGGUCAGCGGGGAGGACCCCGGCAUGCACUUCCGGGUCAAGGCCGGCUCCCUGCACCUGGUGCUGGAUGCCACCAUCAGCAGCACGUACAACCUGACCCUCAUCUGGAACAAGCACAUGACCGUCUUCAUCAAGAUCGCCCGUGCCUCGCAGGACGCCCUCUGCGGCCUGUGCGGCAACUACAACGGGAACAUGAAGGACGACUUCCAGACACGCAGCGGGUACUUGGCGUCCAGCGAGCUGGACUUCGUGAACUCCUGGAAGGAGAGCCCACUGUGCGGGGACGCCACCUUCACGCUGGACCCCUGCAGCCUCAACACCUUCCGCCGCUCCUGGGCCGAGCGCAGGUGCAGCAUCAUCAACAGCCAGACCUUCGCCGCCUGCCACGGCCAGGUGUACCGCCUGCCUUACUAUGAGGCCUGCGUGCGCGACGCGUGCGGCUGUGACACCGGCGGGGACUGCGAGUGCCUGUGUGACGCCGUGGCCGCCUACGCCAAGGCCUGCGUGGACAAGGGCGUGUGCGUGGACUGGCGGUCCCCGGACUUCUGCCCCAUCUACUGCGACUUCUACAACACCCACACGCAGGCGGGCGGCGGCAGGUACCGGUACGCCCGGGAGGCCAACUGUACGUGGCACUACCAGCCGUGCCUCUGCCCCGCGGGGCCGCAGAGCGUCCCGGGCACCAACAUCGAAGGCUGCUACAACUGCUCCCAGGACGAGUACUUCGACCACGACAAGGGGACGUGUUUGCCAUGCAGCAGCUUGCCUGCCACGGAAACCAGGCCCACCACAGCCACAGCCAGCACCACAGUGACCCCCAGCACCACCGGGCUGAGCUCCACCAGACCCUCGCCAAGCUCCCCGGCCACACCUGAGGCCCCGACCCGGACACCCAGCCUUCCGGCCACGCCAACGGCCACAGCCACAGCCCCCACCACCCAGACACAACCAACAGUCCCCUCAGGACAUAAGGCCCCCAGGCCAGGGCCCCGGGGUGGAUUCUCCUCAAACCACCUCCACCGUCACCACACGGGCCACAUCGGCACCGGCCUCCACGGCACCCACCGUGACCCAGGCCACAACGCAGCCCACAGGAUCCUCCCACGGCACAGCCACGCGGUCCACAGCUCGGUCCACGGCGCGAACCACAGCAGCCCCGCCAACCCCGGCAACAUCAGGGACCUCCACAGUGUCCCCUGCAAAGACCGUCACACACACAGCCCCGCCACUGACAAAGACCACAACAGAGACCGCCACACCCACAUCCCCUCCACUGACAAAGACCACAACAGGGACCACCACACCCAGAACGCCGCCACUGACAAAGACCACAGCAGGGACCACCACACCCACAGCCCAGCCACUGACAAAGAUCACAACAGAGACCGUCACACACACAGUCCCUCCACUGACAAAGACCACAACAGAGACCGCCACACCCACAUCCCCUCCACUGACAAAGACCACAACAGAGACCGCCACACCCACAGCCACGCCACUGACAAAGACCACAACAGGGACCACCACACCCAGAACCCCGCCACUGACAAAGACCACAACAGAGACCGUCACUCACACAGCCCAGCCACUGACAAAGAUCACAACAGAGACCGUCACACACACAGUCCCUCCACUGACAAAGACCACAACAGAGACCGCCACACCCACAUCCCCUCCACUGACAAAGACCACAACAGAGACUGCCACACCCACAGCCACGCCACUGACACAGACCACAACAGGGACCACCACACCCAGAACCCCGCCACCUACAAAGACCACAACAGAGACCGUCACUCACACAGCCCCACCACUGACAAAGACCACAACAGAGACCGUCACACACACAGCUCCUCCACUGACAAAGACCACAACAGAGACCGCCACACCCACAUCCCCUCCAUUGACAAAGACCACAACAGAGACCGCCACACCCACAGCCACGCCACUGACAAAGACCACAACAGGGACCACCACACCCAGAACCCCGCCACUGACAAAGACCACAACAGAGACCGUCACACACACAGCCCUGCCACAGACAAAGACCACAACAGAGACCGCCACACCCACAUCCCCUCCAUUGACAAAGACCACAACAGAGACCGCCACACCCACAGCCACGCCACUGACAAAGACCACAACAGGGAUCGCCACACCCACAGCCAUGCCACUGACAAAGACCACAACAGGGACUGCCACACCCACAGCCACGCCACUGACAAAGACCACAACAGGGACCGCCACACCCAGAACCCCGCCACUGACAAAGACCACAACAGAGACCGUCACACACACAGCCCUGCCACAGACAAAGACCACAACAGUGACCGCCACACCCACAUCCCCUCCACUGACAAAGACCACAAAAGGGACCACCACACCCAGAACCCCGCCACUGACAAAGACCACAGCAGGGACCACCACACUCACAGCCCCUCCACUGACAAAGACAACAGAGACCGCCACACCCACAUCCCCUCCACUGACAAAGACCACAACAGAGACGACCGUCACUCACACAGCCCCACCACUGACAAAGACCACAACAGAGACCAUCACACACACAGCCCCUCCACUGACAAAGACCACAACAGAGACCGCCACACCCACAUCCCCUCCACUGACAAAGACCACAACAGAGACCGCCACACCCACAGCCACGCCACUGACAAAGACCACAACAGGGACCACCACACCCAGAACCCCGCCACCUACAAAGACCACAACAGAGACCACCACAACAGGGACCGCCACACCCAGAACCACGCCACUGACAAAGACCACAACAGAGACCGCCACACCCAGAACCCCACCACUGACAAAGACCACGACAGGGACCGCCACACCCACAGCCCAGCCACUGGCAAAGACUACGACAGAGACCGCCACACCCACAGCCCCGCCACUGACAAAGACCACGACAGAGACCGCCACACCCACAGCCCAGCCACUGACAAAGACCACGACAGAGACCGCCACACCCACAGCCAUGCCACUGACAAAGACCACGACAGGGACCGCCACACCCACAACCCCGCCACUGACAAAGACCACAACAGAGACCGCCACACCCACAGCCUUGCCACUUACAAAGACCACAACAGAGACCGCCACACCCACAGCCACGCCACUGACAAAGACCACAACAGGGACCGCCACACCCAGAACACCGCCACUGACAAAGACCACUACAGGGACCACAGGAACCCAGAACUCGGGACCGCCACACCCAGAACACCGCCACUGACAAAGACCACUACAGGGACCACAGGAACCCAGAACUCGGUCAGCACAGCCACAACCUCCACGGUUCCGGUAUCACACUCUACUUCACGUGCCCUGCAUGUAACCACAUCCCCACCAUUCACCACCAUCUCCCUUAAAUCCACCAGUAGAGGCACAGGGACACCCGUGACACACACUGCCACGGCCACCCACACUGGGCCACAUACCCCUUUCACCACCCACUCCAUCCCCACCCGUUCCGUCCCCACCACGUCCCACACGAUAGGUCCAUCCACAGGAACAUCCUUCCAGACCACUACCACUUACCCCAUCACAUCACACCCAGAGACCCUUCCCACCCAUGUGUCAACAUCUGCCACUUCCUCGGUGACUCCAAUCUCUCACCAAGUCAUCACCGCAACAAGGUCCCACACUACCUCCACCAUCCCAAAGCCAACUGGCACCCCUCCCACAUCAACGCACGUCCCUGUCACAGAAACAGAGUUUACACCCACAGCCCCGCCACUGACAAAGACCACAACAAGGACCACCCAAGCCCAGAACUCGGUCAGCACAGCACUACCACAAAGCUCUAGCUUUCGCUCUACAUUAUCUUCUCCAACUCCUCUAAACCCAAGCCAGGGUCCUUUCACCGCUUCUGUUUCUUACCAUAGUCCUGUCUACAUCCCGGACCACAGCCAGCAACCCCACCUCCUCAGCUCUGUCCUCUCGGUCCACGACCUCACGGUCCACCUCUCUCACGACCCGAGCCCCCACGCAGGGCCUCCUGUCUUCUACCCUGGGAGUGACAGCCAUCCCGAAUCCUCCAGCCACCAACCUCACCACCAGACAGCCAAGUACCACCGGGCUGCCGGCCACCGUAUUCCUGACCAGCUCCAUCACUGCGCAUGGAAGCUCCUCCUUUCCCACUUCCGGGUCCUUUUCCACCAGGGGUUCAUCCAUCUCCUCUCUCGUCACAUCUCUACACGGCUCUUCAGAAAGCAGGCACGUGCCUUUCCCCAGGUGAUCGUCGGGGCCCGAGCUGGGACUAGCGGCCGGGGCGCCUGCACUCCAGGGUUGGCGCCCACCCAGGUCUCAGUGCUGCAGCAGGACUGUCCACCACUGCAGGACGAGACCUGCAGCGUGAGGGAGUCUGAGGAAGAGGUCACUUACCAGGGGUGCACGGCCAACGUGACGGUGACCCGCUGCGAGGGCGUCUGCGCCUCCUCAGCCAGCUUCAACACCGACACCAUGCACGUGGACACCAGCUGCAGCUGCUGCCACCCGCUCAGCUCCCACGAGAAGCGGCUCGCGCUGCCCUGCCCGGACCCCAGGGGGAGGGGACAGCAGCUGAUGCUCACGCUGCAGAUGUUCAGCAGCUGCACGUGCCGCUCCCAGCGCUGCGGCGACUAG